UCUGCUGGAGGUCCUUGUGGCCUUCCUUCCGUAUUAUCAGUUCCGGGGUUUUGCAUCCACGUCAUGGGCACAGCUUGGUGCGGCUAUUUAUUAUCAUCACCCUCUUAGUCGGCGUUACCUGCGCGGGGAGUCAGCCCGUCUGCGAUGGCGGGGCCGGUGGAUAUGGACGAGUCGUUCGACUUUCUGUUCAAGGUGGUGCUGAUCGGGGACGCCGGCGUUGGCAAAACCUGCGUCGUGCAGCGCUUCAAGUCGGGCAUCUUCGUGGAAAGGCAGGGGAACACGAUCGGGGUGGACUUCACAAUGAAAACCUUGGAGAUCCAGGGCAAGCGGGUAAAGUUGCAGAUAUGGGACACUGCUGGACAGGAACGAUUUAGAACAAUUACACAGAGUUAUUAUCGAAGUGCUAAUGGUGCAAUUAUUGCUUAUGACAUUAGCAAAAGAGGAACAUUUGCAUCAGUGCCUCAGUGGAUAGAGGACGUGAAGAAAUACGCAGGCUCGAACAUUGUACAGUUAUUAAUAGAUUGGACUUAGAAAGUGACUUCAUUGAAGAAACUUGACUGCCACUUAACAGGACCUUAUUAAACAAGACAAAAUGGCACAUUCAUAGGAUAUUUCCGUGUGAAAACUCAAGGCACCAGAUGAUUUUGUUCUAAAAUGAACACAUUAAUUUGGCAGCUAUCACAAACUAUCCCUUAGCCAUAGAUUUGUAUGGUUUUGACACAUGGAUUUAUGUGGACAAUAUAUGAAUGUUUAAAACUUGCAAAGGAAUUGACCAAUAAUAAAGAAAUAAAUAUUUGUAUAUUUCCAAAUUUAGACAUUCUUGGGUCAGAUUUACUUUAUUAAUUGAUGACUUCCAUUAAAAGAAUUUGCCUCCUAGGCUAGGUGAUCAAAGUUGACUUAACUCUGCUCAUUAAUGUGACAACUUAUUUUUAGAUCAGUUACAGCUGUUUCUAGAGGUAAUUCUGAUAACUGAACAGCAUACUGUCAAGCCAAAUUAUUCCUGAUAUUCUUAAACUUUACCAAUGAACUGUAAGAAAUUUCAUUUGGAGAGCUUGAGGGUAAUUCAGGGAUGAAAGCAAACUGGUAAAGGGUGGAAAGCAGAGAAUGAAAAUUAGAUUAGAGAAACAUGUUUUUAAAUCAUCUGCCACAUUGCAAGUUUUAUUUUCAUCCGAAUUGUUAUUAGGAUAAAUUACAUUCAAAAUAGGUAUUGUUAAAGCAUGAAAUCCCCUGACUUACUGCAAGUUGUACACCAGAUGGGUAUUGUAAGUAUUUCAGCUUUAUAGUUAGAACACUACAGCACAGCAGAUCUAGUACAUAACUAUUAAUCUCCUUAGUCCAAUUGACUUACACAUAUAACCAUAUUAAAUCUUUUAAUUCUGAGUUAGGCAAAAGCAGUCCCUUUGUUUAAAUGAUGGGAGGGGUAUGGAGAGCUAUGGUCUUAAGUAGCAAUUGAAGGAACUAAGCAAGCAUUUGUAAAACAGGAGAGUGAAAGAAUGAGAUUGAACUGGUUUCCAGUGAAGAUCUACGAUCAGCGAAAAUCCAAAUGAGUAGUUUCUUUGCUACUGUGCUAUAGGACACCUUGGCUCCCAACUAAUAGAUCCAGUAAGCUACCUCUCGGUUGGCUGCUUUUGAGGAUAUCUGGGUGCCAGCAGCAAAGCUAGUAAUGUAACUUGUCUAAAUGUCAGUAUCCAAUAAAGUUCCAAAUAUCACCCAAGCAGUUAUGAAGGCUGAGUCAGUUGGAAGACUAAAUACUCAAUGACACUAUAUACUCCUAGAUGCAAUACAAAUGCACCAUUUUAACUUAUGUACAAAAGCAAAAUAAGGGGAACUGUGAAUGAUACAUCUGCUGGUUAGUUCCAAAGGGUGUACUCUAUACACCAAUUCCAAAUGAAAGUCAUCAGGAUCAACUCAGUAAUAUGAAAUUAUGCUUGCAAGUGCACCUGGAGAUUUUAGUCUGAAUACUUCCUCCAUCGGAUAAUGAAAA